GUCACAGCCUGAGAAAAGUCCGAGAAGGUCACAAUGGCCAAGUUGUUGAGAAUUUUUGUACUUUCAGUGAUUCUUUCGCGCCUCGUUCAAUCAAAACCAAUUUACACCGCAAAAUCUUUGGAUAAGCAGAAGCUGGAGAACCGGCAGCUCGGGGAACUUGGGCAGGUGCUUCCAGGGCUUAUUGGGGCUGGAAUUGGGAAUGCCGUGACCCCGGGAAUUGGGGGGAUUGUUGGUGGAAUUGUGGGGCCGAUUGUUGAGAAUAUUGUGUCUUCAGCUGUUGAUAAUUUGAUGGCCAAUUUGAAAGAAGAAGAAUCAUUUUCGCGGGAUGCUCCUGUUCCGUACGAUUCAUACGUGGUUAACAUCCCUAAGCUGGGACCCUACGUAAUCCUCGUGCCCAAAGUUCAUGAGAUUCCUCAGGAAGGGCACGGAAUUGAUCUUCACAGCGUUGAUCAUCACAGCAUUGAUCCUCACCACGGUCUCAGCAACAAUGAAGAAUCCUCCGAAGUUAAGGAUCAAACGACUCUUCAAGAUAAGACGAAGCUGCAUUCCUUGAUGCCGUCAAUAAGAUCAUCAAAUCACGUGCGCGUCAUGCCGUACCGGCCGUUGAAUUUCAUGAAGACGAAGAGACAAUCAGGGCCAAAACAGGUGAAACUUUUCCACCCAACGCAGAAUUAGAUAGCCAAAAAAAUAAAUAAAUUAAGAACAAACACUUUU